AUGAAAAUUUCAACCCUCAAGGGAGCCACCUCAUUGUAUCGAAACGCCGCUAAUCUACCUAAUGAAGAUAUCAUACAAAUUACAAACCUAACUAGCAAGUUAUUACGUACUAUUACAGCUAUAGUGAUAAGAUAUAUUAGGUUAUCCAUAAAGAAUAUUUUCUUUCUGAGAUCAACCCUUGCUUCGUUUGCUUUUGCCUAUCUCUUUGAUGUUGUGCCUCGACUAACAAAUCGUAUAUUCUAUCUCGUCACUCAUUUCGAAUUCCGAGAGAUACCAAAAGAAGUUACCAGGAUUUUAAUAGCGCCCUUUGAUGCUACUCAUUUCCCAGUUUUUGUUGCUAGGUUAAUUGCAACUUUGAACACAUUUGCACCACUUUGCAAACAAUUUAUACUGAAUUUUGUGGAACAAGAUGAUUCCGAAGUUGGAUUCGCUGGUAUUUUCAUGGCUGGUUUUCUAUCAGCAAUGUUAAACUUCCCUAGAUUUCAAAAAGAAAAGUUGAAACAUGACAGGUAUUAUACUUUAGAUUGGACUUUGAUUUUGCUAACAAGAAUGAUAGAAACUUUGGUGGUAACAGGCACGCACCUGAGCAAAAGAUUCAACAUUUGGAAGCCUAUAGCCGAACAUGGAGACGUAUGGCUUUUCAUCAUUGCAAACUAUAUUGUUAUGGACACCUGGGUAUUUAAACCUUGGAAAUUAACUCCAGAAUAUCGACAGUGGAUAUCUAAAGCAUCUAAUUUGGAUGAAGACAUCACAGAAGGAUUGAGAUAUAUACAACAGGACAAGAUUGACUAUUCAACUGGAAAGCAACAAGUUGAUUCUACAAAUGAGCAUUUUAUGAAAUUGUGUGUGAAAUACAAACGUGAUAUUGAACUAGGGGAUAUUUCCAAACAGCCAAAGCUACCAUGUACCAUUUUCCAUCAGUUUAGAACAGAUAGCUGUUUAAUGAACUCCCUCGUUCAAUUUAAGUACGAAUUUAAGUUUGCCUUUCGAAUAUAUACAUUCUUAAAUUUAUUCGCUUACGUAUUUAUCCGUCGAUUUCGAGGAAGCAUUAAACGACUAGUAUGGAAUUCAAUCAGAUCCUCAAUGUUUUUGGGGACAGCAUCCCUAAUACGAUGGUGGACAUUUUGUUUCAUCCGCAACUAUCAUCCUCCUAUUCAAUCACAAAGGUUUUGGGACUUAGCUGCUAUUAAGUUGUCCAACCUUUUGAGUGGUUUAUCUAUAUUAGUUGAAAGUCAUCAUAGACGGAAAGAAUUGUCAAUGUUUGUUAUUCCCAAGGCUCUAGGUACAUUUGUGGACCCAACUGUCAAUGAUUUCAAUAUCAAGAUAGAGAUUGUGGCUUUCAGCUUAAGUUUUGCCACAUUAAUAGCAUUUGCAAGGACUAAUCCUUCCAGAUUAAGAGGUUUGGUGGGACGAGCAUUGAGUUAUGCAAUUAAGAAUUAG